AUGCGCUCAGACCGCGACAACUACCUGACCAUCAACUGGAAUAACAUCGAGAACGGAAUGGCCGACCAGUUCAAGAAAGUGUCCAAUUCUCGGAACAGACUCUACACUAAAUUUGAUUACAACUCAAUCAUGAUUUACGGCACCAAAGCGUUCAGCAAAAACGGCAGAAACACAAUGACUCCCAAACAGAGAGGCGUUAGGAUUAUGGAGUCUCACUAUAAGAGGAAUCUCAGCCCUUUGGAUGUCCAGACACUGAACGCUAUGUAUAGGUGUAACACGAAUGGCAAUUAUAAUGUCAGAACAUAG